CACAAAGACAGCACAAUUAGCACUCUUUGCUUGAUCUGAGUAUAUGCACUCGCUCCUUAUUUUGCUGGAUUCGAAAUGGUUGUAUGUGGUACUUACACUCUUCUUAUUAGAAGGGAUGUGGUGCCAAGGGUGUUUGGAGCAAGAGAGAAUUGCUCUACUACAACUCAAGUCUUUCUUCAAUGAUCCUUGGGGUUUGAGAAAUUGGGGGAGAGGAAAGGAAAAUUCAGAUUGUUGUCGAUUGGAAAGGGUUGAGUGCAACCCCUCCAGUGGACGAGUUAUCAAACUCCAUCUUGAUGACGUGUCUGGUUGGCAUAACUCAUAUCUUAAUGCCUCUUUGUUUCUCCCAUUUGAGGAACUGAAGAGUCUCAAUUUGGCUGAGAAUGGAAUAAAUGGUUUCGUUGAAAAUGAAGAUUUCCAUAGGCUUUCAAAGUUGAGCAAUUUGGAAUUCCUUGACUUGAGUUGGAAUGACUUCAAUAGCAAAAUUUUGUUCUCUUUGAGUGAGCUUUCAUCUCUCAAGUCUCUAAAUCUUGCAGGCAACCACUUUCAAGUGUCAAACCAUACUAAUGGUUUUAAAAGGCUUUCUAAGUUGAGGAGUUUGGAGAUCCUUGAUCUAAGUGACAAUGACUUGAAUAAUGGUAUCUUAACAUCUUUGAGUGAUUUUCUAUCUCUUAAAUCUCUAAAUCUAGCCAACUGCAACUUAAUGAUAGCAUCAAAUCACAAGGAGGGUUUCAUGAGGUUUUCUAAUUUGAGAAAUCUGAAAAUCCUUGAUCUUAGUGGCAAUGACUUAAAUAUUAAUAUCUUAACAUCUUUGGGUGAGCUUCCAUCUCUCAAGUCUUUGAGUUUGAGAGGCUGCAACUUAAUGAUAGCAUCAAACCAUAGAGACGGAGCUGAUUUUGAAAAGCUGUCAGGAUUUCGCCAUCUGGAAUUUCUCGACUUAAGUGAUAAUAAGGACUUGAACAACAACAUUCUAUCAUACUUAAAUGAACAAAAUUUGAGGUUUGUCCAUCUAGAGGUCCUUGAUUUGAGUUAUAAUUUCUUCAACAAUAGUGUGCUAUCUUUCGUCAACGAAUUUUCAAAUCUAAAAUCUCUGAAUAUAGAAGAUAAUAAUCUAAGAGGAUUGGUAGAUGUCACAAAAUUUGAUGCUUUAAGAUGCUUAGAAGAGCUAGAAAUGAGCUACAAUGAACUCAACCAAUUUGUUUCCACUAAUGCAAAUACAAGCUUUAGCAAAUUAAAAACUCUUUAUCUUGAUGGAAUAUUUCCUGAGAAAAGCAGUGUGCCAGCACAGUUAUCACUAGAGGCAUUCCCAUCACUUAAGAGACUCUAUUUGGCAUCUAACUAUCAUCUAAACCAAACCAUGUUUAUUCAAACUUCGCAAGUUUUGAGCAAUCUAGAGGAACUUUUCUUGGAUCAGUCCCCUCUUAGCAUAAACUUUCUGCAAAAUAUUGGUGCAUUGAGUUCUCUUAGGUCAAUAUCUCUAAGAAAUUGUGGAUUCAUAGGAAACUUACCAACUCAAGGUUGGUGUGAUUUGAAGAAUCUUGAAGAGAUGGAUCUUUCUAUAAAUGAAUUGGUAGGGAUACUACCUUCUUGCUUGGCUAACUUGACAUCUCUUCGACUUUUGGAUAUCUCCCAAAAUCUAUUCAUUGGAAAUGUUGCGUCUUCUCCCCUAAUUAAUCUUAUUUUGCUCCGAUAUCUCUCAAUUUCUACUAAUAAAUUUCAAGUUCCAGAUUCCUUCAAGUCAUUUGCAAACCAUUCCAACCUUAAAGUCUUCUUGAGUGAUUUCAAUCAAUUGGUUCCAGAACAUGAUCAUGUUCAAACAAGGGUUCCCAAGUUCCAGCCAAGAGUCCUUAGUUUGUCAAACUGUAGGGCAAAUGAGGAACUCACUAAACCUCCUAGCCUUCUCUAUUACCUAUAUGACUUGAGAUAUGUUGAUCUUUCAUUUGACCAAUUUAUGGGAGCCUUACCUUAUUGGUUGUUUGAAAAUGAUACGAGAUUACACGUUGCUAUUAUGAAGAACAAUUCUUUCAUGGGUUCUUUCCACUUGCCAUCACAACCUAAUCUUGAUGUUCAGGAAAUAGAUAUUUCAAAUAACCAAAUACAAGGUGAAAUCCCAUUAAAUAUCAGUAUGAUUUUUCCAUAUUUAACAUGGUUAUUCCUGUCUGGAAAUCGCUUUGGAGGAAGAUUUUCCAAGUGGUUGGUUAGUAUGAACUCUUUAGAACAUUUAGACUUGUCUAGCAACCAGUUCUCUGGAACAUUACCAAAAGAGUUUGUUACGGGAAGAUCAUUAUUUCAUCUUAGACUUUCAAAUAACAACUUGAUUGGGAAAAUACCUCCUAGUGUAUUUAAGUCUCAAUCAUUGGGUAUAUUGUAUCUGGACAGAAACAAUUUUGAAGGAGAGAUAUCCAAUAUCCACUUUUCUAGGGCCUCAUAUCUAAGCAUAUUGGACAUUAGCAACAACAAUUUGUCAGGAAAGCUUCCAAGAUGGACAAAGAAUCUCCUUGGUUUGUUUGAAUUGGAUUUAUCCAACAAUCACUUUGAUGGUUCAAUUCCAGAGGAAUUUUGCUAUAAUGCUAACCUUCGGCUUCUCGACCUAUCUCACAACAAUUUAUCUAGGUCUCUACCACAUUGCUCUAGUCCAUUCUCACUAUACAUAUCACAUAUCUAUUUGAGCAAAAAUAGACUAAAUGGUCUUCUAACACAUUCAUUCUUGAACAUCUCUUCAUUGAAGAUACUAGAUCUUGGAGAAAACAGGCUUUCUGGAAGCAUUCCAAAAUGGAUCAGCAACCUUUCUUCCUUGAGAAUCUUGCGUCUAAAAGGUAAUCUCUUUUUUGCUGAAAUUCCGAAUGAAAUAUGUGAGUUGGACCAGCUACGAAUCAUGGAUUUGUCUAAUAAUCAACUUUCUGGUCAUAUACCUUCUUGUUUGGGACAUUUAAUUGGCGCCCCAAAUUCAUUUUCAUCAUGGAGUCUUAUUAUCGAAUCUUCAACAUUUAACCUUGACACAUCAACAGAAAUGGAAGCUAGAUUAAUGGAAGAGGUACAAACACCAUUGGGUAGCCAUAUACAAGAUUGGAUAGAACUUGUUACCAAGUGGUGGUCUUACACUUAUGAAGGCAACAUUCUUGAUUACAUGUCUGAAAUUGAUCUCUCUUGCAACCAAUUAACAGGCUUAAUCCCACUUGCAAUGGGAAACUUAAGUGACAUUCAUUCACUUAACUUGUCCCAUAACAACUUAACAGGACCCAUACCUUCUACCUUCUCAAAUUUGAAACAACUUGAGAGCUUGGACCUUUCUUUCAAUGAUUUGAAUGGUGAGAUUCCAUCUCAACUUACUGAGCUAAACUCUUUGGCAGUUUUUAGUGUUGCACACAACAAUCUUUUAGGUCCUAUCCCAUAUGGAAAAGGACAAUUUGGAACCUUUGACAACAACAGUUACAAGGGAAACCCGCUCCUUUGUGGACCUCCAUUGGAAAAAAGUUGCAAGGAAACUAAUGCACAACCAAAGUCCUAUACAUAGAUCCAUAUUGGCGACGAGCAUGGUUUUAUUUGAUUGAGAGGUGUGUCACCAAUUGCUACUAUUUAAUCUUGGAUAAUAUUCUAAGAUUCUAGUGUUGUAAUAAUGUAACUAAUUUAUGUCUGUUAGGAUGUACUUUCAUCCAUGCCAGGUUUUAAUAAUGCAAUUCAGUUUUC